UUGGCGGAAGAGAUUGCGCUCCCUGGCCGCCGGCUCGCCUUCUGCUGGGAGUUCUCGCGGCCAGCGUCUCGGUGUCUGCUCUCGACCCGGAGUUCAUUUGUCGGCGUCCGCGUCGCCCUCCCUCUCCCGGACUGGGCACAGCGAGGCGGCUCCCUCUCCUGACGGCGUUCCAUGGAGUAGGGUCCUGGACCGUUGUCCCGAAGAGCGAUUGAGCUUGGCCCCCUCCCCCCUCCUCCCUCCCUCCUUCCGCCGCAACAUGGCUAACAACAGCCCCGCGCUGACAGGCAACUCGCAGCCGCAGCACCAGGCGGCCGCGGCCGCGGCCCAGCAGCAGCAGCAGUGCGGCGGCGGCGGCGGUGCCACCAAGCCGGCGGUCUCGGGCAAACAGGGCAAUGUGCUGCCGCUGUGGGGCAACGAGAAGACUAUGAACCUCAACCCCAUGAUCUUAACCAAUAUCCUGUCGUCGCCUUACUUCAAAGUGCAGCUCUACGAGCUGAAGACCUACCACGAGGUGGUGGACGAGAUCUACUUUAAGGUCACACAUGUUGAACCAUGGGAGAAAGGAAGCAGGAAGACAGCAGGCCAAACAGGGAUGUGCGGAGGGGUUCGAGGUGUUGGAACAGGAGGAAUUGUUUCUACAGCCUUUUGCCUGUUAUAUAAAUUAUUUACUCUGAAGUUAACUCGCAAGCAAGUAAUGGGUCUCAUAACACACACAGACUCACCAUAUAUUAGAGCCCUUGGAUUUAUGUAUAUAAGGUACACGCAGCCCCCUACAGAUCUAUGGGACUGGUUUGAAUCCUUCCUUGAUGAUGAAGAGGACCUAGAUGUGAAGGCUGGUGGAGGCUGUGUAAUGACCAUUGGAGAAAUGCUGCGGUCUUUUCUCACAAAACUGGAGUGGUUUUCUACCUUAUUUCCAAGAAUUCCAGUUCCAGUGCAGAAGAAUAUUGAUCAGCAGAUUAAAACACGGCCUAGGAAAAUCAAGAAAGAAGGGAAGGAAAGUGCUGAGGAAGUAGACAGACAUGUUGAACGCAGACGUUCAAGGUCUCCAAGAAGAUCAUUGAGUCCACGGAGGUCCCCAAGAAGAUCAAGGAGUAGAAGCCAUCAUCGGGAAGGCCAUGGAUGCUCUAGUUUUGACCGAGAAUUAGAGAGAGAGAAAGAACGCCAGCGACUAGAGCGUGAAGCCAAAGAAAGAGAGAAAGAAAGGCGAAGAUCCCGGAGUAUUGAUCGGGGUUUAGAGCGCAGGCAUAGCAGGAGUAGGGAAAGGCAUAGAAGUCGUAGUCGAAGUCGUGAUAGGAAAGGAGAUAGAAGGGAUAGGGAUCGGGAAAGAGAGAAAGAAAAUGAGAGAGGUAGAAGACGUGAUCGUGACUAUGAUAAGGAAAGAGGUAAUGACCGAGAAAAGGAGAGAGAGCGAUCACGAGAACGGUCCAAGGAACGGAGAAGCAGGGGUGAAGUGGAAGAAAAAAAACAUAAAGAAGACAAAGAUGAUAGACGGCAUAGAGAUGACAAAAAAGAUUCCAAGAAAGAGAAAAAACACAGUAGAAGCAGAAGCAGAGAAAGGAAACAUAGAAGUAGGAGUAGAAGUAGGAAUGCAGGGAAACGGAGUAGAAGCAGGAGCAAAGAGAAAUCAAGUAAGCAUAAAAGUGAAAGCAAGGAGAAGUCAUCAAAUAAACGGAGUCGAAGUGGCAGUCAAGGAAGAACUGACAGUGUUGAAAAAUCAAGAAAACGGGAACGUAGCCCCAGCAAAGAUAAAUCUAGAAAGCGUAGUGGAAGCAAAGAACGUUCCCACAAACGGGAUCACAGUGAUAGUAAGGACCAGUCUGACAAACAUGAUCAUCGAAGGAGCCAAAGUAUAGAACCAGAGAGCCAAGAAAAACAACAUAAAAACAAAGAUGAGACUGUGUGAAAAUGUUUUGUGAAAGUGGAUCACAUUGAAUCCUAUAAAUCUUUGAUUAAAUCUGCUUUUUUUCCCCCUCCCGAGUUGAGAUUGUUGCAGUAGUAUGUACUAUUCAAGCUCCCUGUAGGCUGCAUUUUCAUUUCCUCUUUUGUGUAGGGAAGUGCCUUUGUAAUCCCAUUUAUUGCGUUGAUAUUUUCACCCAAUUAUUGAGUUUGAUACAUGAUGCACAGAUUGUUCUUGCAUUUUUAUUGUUUAAUUGUUUUUGAGGUGUACAGUCUGUACAUAUGUCCUGAAAAAGUUUUAAUUUCUUUGGCAUGGUUGCCAUGUUGGUUAAAUUUGUAUAAGGCAAUAAACUGCCACUAAUUCUAUUUUUGCUUUGUAGGUGUGGGAUUAUGGUUUGUGUACUAAAGUUAGCAUGGCUGUGCUUUUCGUAAUAGAAUGCUAAAGACUUUGAGAAUGGAUCUUGGGUGUUUAUAAUAGGAGAAUUAUGUGCUUUCAAUGUACAUGAAGGCAGCAGUUGUAGGAUUAACAUUCUUGUCCAUUGUAUAUUAUCUUGGAAGGCUCUUGUUAAUAUGUUACAAUUAAUCUCCACUGUUUAGGGAGAAUUUAUGAGUAGUUUCUGAUACAGAGGUUUAAAUUAGGCUGUGAUUUGAUCAAAAGUCCUUGUAGCAUUCUACCUCAAAGGGACACUUAGUAUGCCUAAAAUUUAUUCAUUUAGGUUUUUUUAUUUGAAAAAAUACAUCACAUGUAUUCUUUCUUUUAAAUUUCUCAGAUUUUAAAGUACUAUAUUAAAGGGAAAAAUGUCUAAAGCCCAGAUUUCUUGCAGCAACCCUGUACUAACAUGAAAUUGGGGAGAGGGUGGGGCAGGUGAUGAGUAGAGAAAUAGAUUCAAGCCUCAAGCUUCCAAAGCAUUUUUAUAAGUGGAAAAUACUUAAAUUAUAAAACAGCUUGAUAUAGUGUCCUUUUUUUAAAAUUCAAAACUUUUUUAUUGAUAAUGAAGAGUGCUGUUGAGUUUUUAAACUUAAUCUAGAGCAGAGAAGUAUUAAAAGUAAUGCUAUGCUGCAUUAUUUAAGAUUAUUGGCAAAUUAUUUGAUAGAUUGUUCUUAUGACUUGUAUUCUGAUUACAGAGAAGGAUCAUGAGUGUGGAAUAAAUACUGGAUUAAAUCCUUUAUCCUGGGUGUUGACUUUUCCCCUAUGUGUUAAUAUUUUUUUAAAGUAUUUUUGUGUAAAUUGGUAAAAUGUUAGUACAGUCACACUGUGUGUAGGGGUAUUUUUCAGUGAUUUUAAGCGUGUAGACUAGAAUUGGACAUAUUGAUACUCAGUAAUCCUUAUUUGAGUUCUUAAUGGCAGUUCCAUUUGUUCUUGGGUGUUGUGUUACUGAAUUGUUCUUUGGUUUGGGUGAUGACUCAGUCUCACAUCAAAGGUGCUUAUUGAGGUAACUUUUCACUUGGAUCACAUAAUUGGAUUUAAAGGGGCUUUUAUAAAUUAACUCACUCUUUAGAGCAAAGAAACAGGCUCAGAGCGAUUGGUUAGGUCAGUGCCAGGACUAACAUGAGUGUUCCUGAAAUCCUAUCAUAUUAACAUCUAUUUGGUCUCGCUGCUUAUAUUGGCCAACUGAUGGGCACUCAGAAGCCACCUGGCACCGUGUUAAAUGGAGCAAACAAGUAUAUUGGAAGAGCCAGCCCUUCAUGUGUGGGCUUAACAUUUGUACCUACCUAACUCCGGAAAAAUCUCAUUAAAUGAAGGAAUUUCUCUAUGAAAAUGCUAUGCUUUUUUUUUUUUUUUUUUAAGAGUAGAAGAUU